AUGAUUGAAACAACCAUGAACAACAACAAUAAUGAUAAGAUCAAGAUUGGUAUAAUCCUAUCAAGUGUAAGGGACAAUAGAAUUGGAAGAUCAAUUUGUGAUUGGAUGAUGAAAUUGGUUGAACCAUCAACAUCACCAAAGGUGGAGUUCGUCCUGAUCGAUCUGAAACAAUGGAGCCUGCCAAUGUUUGACUCGCCAGAGGUCCCCCGCGAGACCACCCAGUUCCACAGCGACAUUGCCCGUCGAUGGAGUGAGGAGAUCAGCGAGAAGCAGGCCUUCGUCCUGAUCACGCCCGAGUACAACUAUGGCUAUACAGCGCCACUAAAGAAUGCCCUGGACUACCUGUUCAGAGAGUGGAAUGAGAAGCCCGUCACACUGAUCAGCUAUGGCUUUGGCGGAGGUGGGCGCUCUGCUUCGCAUCUCAAGGGCGUGCUGACCGAUGCGCUCAACAUGAAGUUGAUCGACACUCAGCCACAACUAUUCAUCAACUAUGACAUGCUGGACAAGACCACCGGUGAGUUCCACGAUAUCUCCACCACCUUCAAGCAGUACGAAGAAGUAGUCAAGAAGUCUGUCCAAGAGGUCUGUUCACUA